CAGGGGUAGUGCGCUCGGCGCGCGGCCAGCGCGGCUCCGCUCCCCGCUCCUCCUCCCGCCGGGCCCGCAGGGGACAGCGACACUCGCCAGGCGCCUCCGUCCCGGCGCUGCCCCGCGCCCCCCGCCGCUCGAUCAGCAGCUCCUGAGGACUGAAGAACCUGGCCAGGGAACACCUGCUCUGAGGUGCUCAGGCAUGGCUGACCUGGACCACUCCCUGAGCCUGGCCGAUGCUCUGACGGAGCCGCCCCCUGACGUGGAGGAGGAGGUGAAGAGAGACUUCAUCGCCACUCUGGAGGCUGAGAAGUUUGAUGACGUGGUGGGGGAGACUGUGGACAAGACAGACUACGUGCCCCUGCUGGAUGAUGAGGAGCAGGCCAGGCCUGGCAGCCAGGAGCCCAAAAGCAAAGGCCACGUGGACGGAAUUGCCGUGGAACAUUCCUCAGCCUCGGGGCCCAUGGUGGUGGAGAACGGUGACCACGGGCUGCAGGACCAUCGCACAGUAUUCCCAGGAGAAAUCAUGGAUGAGAAGAUGUCCUACAAAGAGUUCCUGGAUCGCAACGACACCUGGUCAGCAGAGGAGAGGGACCUGUGCUUCAAACCCAUGGACAUGGCUGACCCCUUCAGCAUGCACAGAGGGGAGAACCUGCCCGAGCUGUCCUUCCCCACGGACAUGAAGAGCGCGCCGCUGUUCCCGGGCCACACCGACGCUGCCAGGGACAUCCUGGCUCCACAUGGAUCCAUGAUGGGACCUGAACAGCCUUUCCUGGGGUCCCUGUAUUCCCCUGCAGAGGCUCUGGACCCAUCAGCCUUCAUGGGCCUCGAGUCAGGCACAGAAUUCCUGCCAGGAAAAGCAGCCCCUGAAGAAUACUGGAUGGGAGCUCAGCAGGACAUGAAGGGACCAGAUACCUCUUUCUUUGUUGAGCCACCAGUGCCCCCUGCAGCCACAGAAGCCAUAAGGACGAGCCUGCCCGAGAGCCCCACGGCAGCAGCAGCCCCUGGGAGCGUUCCUGCUGCAGCCCAGGCCCUGCCAGCAGAGGCUGCAGCCACUGAGGGACCCAAGGCCGCAGCUCCAGGUGCAGCCUCUGCUCCCACCACUGACGCUGCGUCCCUUCCUGCAGAGAAAGCUGGGGCUGGCCCUGCUGGAGACACCAAACCUCCCCAGAGUCCUGCAGCAGCAGCAGCAGCAGCAGCAGCCAGCCCUUUCCAGGCCACAGAUGGGGGCUUUGCUCCUGCACCUGAAGCCAGCCCUGCCAAAGGUGUCAAUGACGUGUCCACCCCGGGGACAGAGCUCGGCUUCGCCCCAGCAGCGGGUGCUGGAUCCCACCAUGGGGUGGAUUUGGGGUUUGCUCCAGCAGGUACGGAGUCCCACCAAGCCAUGGAUUUUGGAUUUGCCCCAGCAGCAGGUGUGGAGUCCUGCCAAGCCAUGGAUUUUGGAUUUGCCCCAGCAGCAGACGUGGAGUCCCACCAGAACAUGAAUUUGGGGUUUGCCCCAGCAGCAGGUGUGGAAUCUCACCAGAACGUGGAUUUGGGAUUUGCCCCAGCAGCAGGUGUGGAAUCUCACCAGAACAUGGACUUGGGAUUUGCCCCAGCAGCAGGUGUGGAAUCUCACCAGAACGUGGAUUUGGGAUUUGCCCCAGCAGCAAGUGUGGAGUCCCACCAGACCGUGGAUUUAGGGUUUGCCCCGGCAGCAGACACAGAACCUCACCAUACCUUGGAUUUGGGAUUUGCUCCAGCAGCAGAUAGCAAAGCUCAGCACGUUAUGGGCUCUGAGUUUGGCCCAGCAGCAGGUGCAGAGUUUGCCCCAGCAGCAGAAGUCAGCCAUCACCAUGGCCUGGAUUCUGGGUUUGCUCCUGCAGCUCCAGCCAAGGCUGUCCCUGCUGUGGAUGGUGGGAACGUGGCAGCUCAGCCUGGCCCUGCAGCUGCCCCCAGCAUUGCUGUGUCUGGGGAGCUGCUGACAUCUGAGGCUGCCCUUCAGCAGGACAAGGCUCCUGCAGAAGCAACAGCAAAGGUGGAGGCGGAAUCCAAAGCCCCAGAAGUUGGUGUGGAUCACUCAGAGGAGAUGAAGGACAGGAAACCUCCCCCGAGCCCCCGGGAGGAGGAAAUUCCCGGGAACACCAAGCAGCCCCCGGAGACAGCAGCUGAAGCAAAAGGAGCACUAGAAAAUAAAGACCUUCCAGAAAAAUCUGCUCCUGCUGAGAAUGGUGAGACGCAGAAGGAGGAGGCUGAGCACAACCACGUCCAACACGCAGAACCUCAGGAAGGGAAAACCCUGCAGGAGCCCACAGGCAAGGCAGAGGAGCCCAAAGCAGCCGAGGCCGUGAGUGGGAACGACAUCACAGCUCCUCCCAACAAGGAGCUGCCCCCCAGCCCCGAGAAGAAGACCAAGCCUGCUGCAUCCUCCUCCUCUGCCAAGGCGGCGGCAGCCAAGGCCAAGCCCUCGGGCAGCACCAGCCCCAAGCGGCCCAGCUCGGCCACCCCGGGCACAAACAAAAAGCCCACGAGCCCAAGUGCAGCUCCUGCUCCAGGCACCACCUCCAAACGCCCCGGCACCAGCAGCACCCGUCCCUCCACCCUAACUCCAAAAGAGACUAAACCAAAGGUUGCGGAUGCGAAGCCCGCGGAGAAGAGAACCUCCCUCUCCAAGCCUCCAUCCUCCACCACCCCCAAAACUCCUUCCAGGAGCUCCUCUGCUGCUCCCCGGACCACGGCGCCAUCGCCGGUGACGGCAGCGGCCGCUGCCAAAACCACGGCGCCCACUCCUCCCAAGAGGCCGACGUCCAUCAAGACGGACGCGAAGCCGGCAGAUGCCAAGAAACCUCCUGCCAAGUCUCCCUCAGCCGAUUCCAGCCGCCCCAAGAGCGCUCCGGGCAGCACCACCAAGAGCAGCGCCACCACUCCUUCCACCGCAGCCUCCAGCUGCGCCGGCACGGCCCCCAGCCGGCCCAAGCCCAAAGCCGCUGCCCCCAAAGCCGCCACGGCCUCCACGGUGUCUGCGGACGCCAAGAGAGCCGCGGGCAAGGCCGCGGGCAGCAAAGGCAGCGCCGGGCCCACGGCCCGAGCCCCGCGCCCCGCCAGCGCCGCCGGGCCCGACCUGCGCCACGUCCGCUCCAAGGUGGGCUCCACCGACAACAUCAAACACCAGCCCGGCGGGGGAAAGGGGAAGGUAGAGAAAAGGCCAGAGUCAGCCGGCGCCGCGCCCAGCUCUGAGCCCAGCGCGGGCACUAAAGUGGCUCCUAAAGUGGCAGCAAAAGAGGGGGUCCCCAAACAGCCCAAUGGGAAAGUCCAGAUAGUCUCCAAAAAAGCGAACUACAGCCAUGUUCAGUCCAAGUGUGGUUCCAAGGACAAUAUUAAGCAUGUCCCUGGAGGUGGGAAUGUGCAGAUCCAGAACAAGAAAGUCGACCUUUCCAAAGUGUCCUCCAAGUGUGGAUCUAAAGCAAAUAUCAAGCAUAAGCCAGGCGGAGGAGACGUCAAAAUUGAGAACCAGAAGCUGAACUUCAAGGAGAAGGCCCAGGCCAAGGUGGGAUCUCUGGACAACGUGGGACACUCGCCGGCCGGAGGGGUCGUCAAGGCGGAGGGCGGCGCGGAGCCGGCGCAGCUCCCGCCGGCCAACGGAGCGGGGCCGGGGCCGGGCGCCGCUGCCCGCGGCCCCGCGCUGCGGGAGAACGGCGUGGGGCCGGCCCUGGCCGCCCUCAGCACCGCCGACCAAAGGGAAAUGCAGAGCCUCGACACUCACAUCCAAGAAACAAAUUGAGUCUCACAAGCUGACGUUCCGUGCGAAGGCCAAGGCUCGAACAGACCACGGAGCGGAAAUCGUCGUCUCCAAACCCCCCACCCUUUCCAGCAGCACCUGCCCCCGGCGUAGCACCUCCGCCAGCGACAGCGACAGCCUGGGCUCCGUCGCCUCCCCGUCACCGCCGCCGGCCGCGCCCUCCCAGCAAGGCUUGUGACCCCCGGCCCCGCUCCGCGCCCCGGGGACCCCAGCUUGGCUCUCUUAACGCGGUUCUGGCUUUAGGUGGGAAGGGGCCGAUGUUCCUCGGGCCCGCCCGGGCUGGGGUCCCUCGGCGGCCGGGCAGGGCUCCCCUCCCUCCCUCCCUCCCGGUCCUGCCCUCCCGCUGGCCCGGGACUCGCGGGGGUUGCUGCGCCUCGGGGCCGGCCCGAGCGGCUCCGGCUGUGCCAGGGCAGGGCAGAGCAGAGCCCUGGGGGCGGGGCCAGGCCGAGUUAACAGGGAUAAGCUGUGAUCUUUCUCUCUGUCUCUUUUUUUAACCUCCUCCCUCCUCGCCGCUUCAGUUUCUGCCGCCUGUGGGAUGCUGAUAAAUCCCCUCCACACUCGUUAGGCUGUUUUAACUGUUGACUUGAACCUUUUAUUCUUUGUGACGAAGUGUUGAUGAUUUAUCGUGUUCGAACCCGUGCUAAGUUUCCUUUUCUCUUUCCUUCUUUUCCGACCCGUAGGAGAGUAGGGACAUUUAACCGCUGCUGCCGUGCUGGCUACUUACUGACAUAUCCAGCCGUUGUAACUUCUUUGUUGUUGUUUGGGGUUUUUUCUUUUUAAUAUUUUAAAACGAUGGAGCGAGUUCAUGGGAUUAAGCCAUGUCCGGAACGAAAGGCACAGGAAUGUGUAAAGGGCAAACUUGCUGUGACAGCUCAGGUGGAGCCUGUGUUGACCUCGAGAUGUGUAAUUGAUGCUCGAGAUGUGUUAAUUGAUGCUCGCGAGCCCUCCCCGGGUGCCUUCUGCCGAGGUGGUUUAUUUAUUAACGGCACGGCCGAGCCCUGGGAUUUGUCCCGUUUUUCCAAGGCGAGGCUGGAGGGAGCAGGAGGCGGCCGUGGCGGGGGCAGGAGGGCGUGGGCCGGGAGUUCCGAGGCUGCAGCAGGUCCGUGGGGGUGUGGGGAGCGUGUGGGGUGUGUGGGGUGUGAGGUUUUGGGGUGGUGGAUGGGGGACCCGAGCGAGCGCCGGGAUGAGCAGCGCCGUGCGGGCAGCAGGAGCAGGGAGCUCAUCCCGGGGGGAGCCCGGGCCCUCGGGGGGCAGCAGGGCAGCGGUGGUGCCAGGGAGUUGCAGCUCUGACUAGGAAGGAGAUCUAACCACCCUUGGAGCUCCUCGUUUCAAAUGACACUAAAGAAACGAAAUGUAAAUAAAUUAAAACAAAAGAAAAGUGUUCUUGGGUGGUCAAACUAAUUUAAAGAAAAAAACAAAAAGGCAAGCAGAAUAACAAAACACUGGGAUCAAAGAGAACUGAACUAGGCGUGUGCUAAGGGGGGCUGCUCCAGGAGGGGACAGAGGGAAGCCUGCAGCUUCUCGUGCUUGUGGGAGUAUUUCUUUGGGAAGCCAACAACGACACGAUAACCCGGAAUCUGUAUUUACACACAAAGAUUCUUAUUGCACUUGUAUUUUUUAUAUUAAAGUUUGCAUGGUUUCUAAUAAAAUGGCAUUAAAAUGUACUAGUUUGCAUCAAAGUCGUCUGGUAGUUUCAUAAGUGCUUUUUCAUCUGAAUACAAAUUUAAACGAUGCAGAUUUGCACCUGAAAGGGGCGGUUAUAUAUACCCAGAGACCUCCCAGUGCUUCCCUUCCUCUUCCUCCUCCUUCUCCUUCUCCUCCUCCUCCUCCCCACCUCUCCACUCCCCCUCCGCAUCCCUGUGACCCCAGCCGGGGCCGGCGGCCGUGCCGUCGCUCCGUGCCCUCCCUGUGUGUCCCCGUGUGUCCCCGGCGUUCCCGGAGGAGCCCCGGCUCGGAGGAGGAGCUGGAGCCGGCCCCGCUCCCCGGAGCCCUGCUCGUUCCCUGUGUGCCGGUAUAUAUCACUGCCCUCCCGUGACGCUUCCUUCUUUCUUUACUGCUAAAUUCUACACACCAGCUUCAGCUUGGCAGCCUUGCCUUUGGUUUGGUUGAUUUUUUUUCCAACACUUGAAUUGAGGGAGAAUUAGAAGGAGAGGAGAGGAGCAGGUGAGCCCCUCGGCAGGACGGUGAGCCUGGAGCCUGGUUCCCGGGCUGGAGCCUGUGUUCCCAGCCUGCGAGCAGCCAGGGUGGCCUUGGCGGGGCUGGAGCCGAGCUCCAGGCUCACCGGCCGGGAGGGGCGCCGGGAGCAGCGUUUGUGAGCUGGGCGGCAGCCGGAGAUGUGCGUGGGCAACCAAAGAGGAGGUGGAGGCUGAGCUAACGCGUCCCUCUUGCUGCUCUUCCUGGGGCACCCCAGGGAUGGUGGCCUGGGAUGCCCCGGGAUGAGAUUCCCUGGGAUCCAGGAUGAGAUUUCUGAGGCGCUCUGGGAUGAGAUUCCCGAGGUGCCCCGGGAUGAGAUUCCCUGGGAUGCCCCACGAUGACAUUCCCGGGGUGCCCCAGGAUGAGGCCCCGGGUGCCCCGAAGGGAGGCAGCCAGUCCCGCUUCAGGGACUGCAGGAGGAAGGCAAAUGGCAACAUUGCACUUUAUCUUCUGAGAUUGCAAAAAGCAAACGAGCCCUGCCCCGCUGCAAAGGGACAGUGACAUCACCUUCUCCCUGCACUGCUUUUCUCCGAUUCCCGAUGAUUUCCCGAGCGCCGGGCGGCCCUGGCCGGGUGUGGUGGCUGCGUGCGGUGCCCAGGCUGUCCCUGCCCAAACCCCGGCCCAGCUCACCCCCGGCCCGUGCUUCUGUGCCACUUCUCUAACACUUGUUGUGCCUGUGUUUAGCUGAUGAACUAACUAAAUCCAGAUACACUAGUUUGCCGUGGUGUUUCUAGGACAGCUUCAGUUUUAAUACGGAUUUCUUUUUUAACUUUAUUUUGAGGAAGCGGCUGUACAUAUUGCUAGGUUGGGAAGGAGCCGUGUGUGGUGGGAAUGACUUUAGUUUCCUGUCUGGAGAGGUGGGAUGAGCUGGGUGGUGCUGAGACCUUAACGCUGCUGGGGAAGGGGCUGUGGGCGCCGGUGGCUCCAUCGAGUGCUGGAGGCAGCAAAUCCGGGGGGAAACAGGAGCUGAGCUCUGAAUGAGAUGCAAGUUGAAUGUACACGUUCCUGUUCCGAGCUGGCGCCGGGGGUCCUGGCUUUGGCCGCACUGGGGGCACUCUGGGCUGGGCAGGGGCUGAGCGGGGCCAGGUUGGUGGCUGGCUCGGGGCAGGAUGCUCGGCAAAGGCCUUCGCAGAGCUCAGGGCGAGGAGCGGCGCUCUGGAGAGGCCGAGCUGCCGCAGGGCUGGGGGGAAGCGGCGGGGCCGGGUGCGAGCUCCACCCCGGCGGGGCUGCGCUUCCUCCGGGCAGCCGGAGCCCGGCGCCUCCCGGCAUAUCAGUGGCAUCCACAGUUCUUUGGGCUUUUUGUACUGUUAAACAGCAACAUUCGAGUAACCGAGUUGGUGGGCUCGAGGCCGCGGCCGCCCCAGCGUGGCUCCCGCGCGGCUCCCGGCCGCAAACUGAAUGUAGUUUUCUACGCUGCCCCUCGCGCUGUCCCCGCGUAGUGUGGUGUGUGAGAGGGGCCCCGGGACCCUCGCGUGUUCGUGUCUAGGCAGAAUUCCUACUUUUCUUGGAGCUUGGUGUCGGUGGCGUGCUCCGGGUGACGGGGCUCCCCUGAGGGCAGGGCCGAGUCCCCGCGGAGCCGCGGCCCCGCUGAGGCCGAGCGGCCGCGCUGGGGCUCAGCGGCCUCCAGGCUCAGGGGAAAUGUCCCCCAAGGCCGAGCGGCCUCCAGGCUGAGGGAAAAUGUCCCCCCAGGCCGAGCGGCCGUGGCUGGGGCCCAGCACCUCCAGGCUCAGGGGAAAUGUCCCCCAAGGCCGAGCGGCCUCCAGGCUCAGGGGAAAUGUCCCCCAAGGCCUCGUGGCCCUCGGAGCCGGCGGGUGGGGCGGAAGAGGCUCCGGGCGGCGGCAGCAGCAGCAGCAUGGAAAGGGCUCUGAGGGCCUCCGGCUCUCCCUCCUCCCUCCCCGCCUGAGCCCCAGCCCGGCAGCGCUCACCUUCCGCCCUCCUCGCACGGGUCCCGCCGGCCGAGAUCACACACGAGGCCCCAGCGCCCCUCGCCGUCCCCGCCCGGCCGCCCGCAGCCCCCGCUGUCCCUCACGCAGAGCACCGAGCCAGGAGCGAGCGCAGUGACCGCGGGCUGGGGGCGUGCGGCCGGGCAGGAGGGCUCGGGGCAGCGCCCCGAGGGCGAUCCCGGCCCUCGGCUUCCUCCGUGGUCUCGGGAAGCCACUCAACCUCUCUGCCUCAGUUUCCCCAUCUGCAAAGGUGGGGGGGAUUCAAUUUUACCUCACCGGGCUGUUGUGAGGCGCAAGCAGCGCGUGACGUGUUCUCUAAAUGUGAUGUGUUAUUAUUAUUUUGUGUCAUAGGAUUAUUGGAUUAUUCUGCAGGGCGUGCCCGAGGAGGGGGGACUCCGCUGUCCCUGCGCCGUGGUGGGGCAGGCGAGGGCUGGGAGGGGAGGUCAGUGCUCGGUGUGAGGCAGCAGCUCAGCGGGGAGCCCAGCGGUUGCUUCUGCCUUUGUGUCUCCCCUCCCCGGGGGCUGUACGAGCGUCGUCUCCUUAGCAACAUUUCCUGACUUGAUGUUGUGAUUCUUACUAUUGUAAAGGGUUGAAAUAAAGCUUCUAGAUGUUCCUCCUCA